UUGAAAAUUGGUGAUGCAUGGUCUAUGAAAUCAAUCCUUUCCUUCACUUAUAAAUGCAUCUUGAAUUGACACACAGCAAGAAUUCUAGCACAAACUUGAAAAAAAGUGAGGAUAUGGAGAUCAAGGUAGAAGAAGAAACAUCCCAAAAUCUUGAUCAAGAAAGGAAAUCUCCCCUCUUAGAAGAAAAUUUAACCCUGCCAGAAGUAGAAAAAAACCUUAUACAAAAGGCAAUUACUCAAACAUUUCAAAGCACAGCCCACUUAGCCAAUCUUCUCCCUACUGGCUCUGUCCUUGCCUUUCAACUUUUGUCACCAAUAUUCACAAAUCAAGGCCAUUGUGACAAAAUUAGUCAACUUUUAACUAUUGCACUUGUUGCAGUAUGUGGACUAUCAUGUUUCAUAUUGAGCUUCACAGAUAGUUUCACAGACAAGAAAGGAAAAAUUUGUUAUGGAUUAGCGACGAUACGAGGGUUGUGGAUAAUUGAUGGAUCAGCAAGAAUUUCACAUCAAAUUGCAAAGAAAUACAAGCUGAAAUUUAUUGAUUUCUUGCAUGGUUUUAUGUCAGUGUUGGUGUUUGCUGUUGUUGCUUUGUUUGAUCAGAAUGUGGUGAAUUGUUUUUAUCCGAAACCUUCUGAUCAAACAGAGGAAUUGCUUACUUCUUUGCCAGUUGCAAUUGGGGUCAUUUGUAGUAUGUUUUUUGUUGUGUUUCCCACAAAGCGCCACGGAAUUGGCUUUCCCCUCACCUCUAAUUAA